CCGUCGGCCGUUGACGUCAAACCAAAACCCCAAAGCCAAGAGCCAGAGAAACCACAUGCUUCCGUUAGAAAAAUGGCUCUCAGAUAUCGGCGUUUCAGAGAAAUCUCACGAAUAUUGCCGCGAAUUCACUCCGGUGAUCAUCUUCUACAAUGUAGAUUGGUUACCAAGUUAUCGGCUUUGUCCAUAAUUCCACAGUCAUACGCUCUGGAAAGAAUUGAUAAGGGGAUUUCACAAUGUGGGUUUCGUGCUCAGCGGCUAUCAACCACGUCAAAAGUAUCACACGAGCGUACCGGUGAACUUGAUCUUUUGUCCUUCAUUAAAUCCACAUUAAAUGUGCUCGAAGGUCCUUGCCAUUGUUGGUUGAAUAGGACCAAGGGAGGCAAAGAUUCCUUUAAAAGAGAUGGAACUUUCUUGGUUCUUGCUGGACGGUUUCUUCAAACUUCUUUAACAACUAGUUCCGAAGCUGCUAUCAUGUUAGAAAAAAUGAAGUCACUUCAACAGAGGUUUCCUCGUCUCCACAUUAUCGGCUUUGUGUCAGGUGGGUCGAUUCACUCAGCUGCUGAUCGAAGCCAUGUAAUCCAAUAUACACUGACGGAAUACAUAACAUUUCCUAUUAUAUUGUCGAACAAGAACUUCACUGAGAUGGCAAACGGGGCAUGCUGCAUUUUGUUUAAAGGUUUUAAAAGUCCAGUGGUUUACCAUGAGAAGGACAUGGAUCUCAAAGUUCUUAGUAAAGCUGUUGAGGACUUGCUUGUGCAAGAUGAUAGGAGUUCCAAGUCGCUUACUAACUUGAAAAGCACUUGGGCGAAGCAACCUGAGGUCAUUAAGGAACCAUAUGCUGAUUCUUUAAGGAAUUUUCUCUUCCACUUCCCAGGCUGCAUCUCUGCAGAUGAAAGUGGGAACCGCCUCUUCCUUUCUGACAGCAAUCAUCAUCGGAUUAUUGUAUUUGAUGGAAAUGGGCAUAUUCUGGACUGUAUUGGUUCCUCCCCAGGUUUUGAGGAUGGAAACUUUGAAUCUUCCAAGUUGGCACGCCCUGCAGCUUCAUUUUAUGUUUCCGCUGAGGAUUGCCUAUAUUUUGUUGAUUCAGAGUUUGCAUGUGGGGUUUCUACUAAGAAUCAUGCCAUCAGGAAAGCUGAUAUGGAGAGCCGGGUUCUGGAAACCAUCUAUCCAGUGGGAGACACUACUAAGAAGAGUAAUCAAUUUUGGACCUGGAUCACAACCAAGCUAGGUUUGAAAUGCAAUGCCCAUACAAGGACUGAAGGAUUUGAUUUACAAUCAUUGAUGUAUCCUUGGCAUCUGAUGAAAUCUAUUGAUGACAGUCUUGUUGUUAUGAACCGAAGCUUUGAUACUCUAUGGAUCCUAAAUUUGGCUUCAGGAGAGAUAAAAGAAGUCGUCAGAGGGUUCCUGAAGAUUUUGGAGGUCUGUGGACCGCAGAUCAUGGAGAAAGUAGCGCUGUUGAAACAGAUGCCACAUGAUUGGUUGCAAGAGCAGACCAAGGUUGUUUGUUCACCAGAGCUGCUCCCAUAUGCUGGCCUAUUAUCUUCAUUUACCACCUUGCAGAAUCACGUAAUCCUUUGUGAUAUGGUUGGACGGAGGAUUUUGAAACUAAGUGAAGAAUCUGCACUAUGUUCGACCUUUCAGUUUUCAAAUUUUGGAAUCCUUGGACUGCCAUAUUGGUUGCCAUCCUCGUUGGAGAAAGUAUAUACUAAUGGAGGUGGAGUUGAGGGAGUGAUUGAUCAUCUUGAAUCUUUCAGUUCGUUAUUACCAGGAAGAAUUGGGAUACAGUUAAAUGUGGAGGUCCCUGAGGAUACUGAGCUUGUGGAACAGUUACAAGAAGGCUGUAUAUGGCGCCAGGCAAGAGGAGCUGCUACUGAAGUGUCAAGGGUAGAGGAUGUAGGAGGAUCUUCCGAGAAGGUUGGUGUUGCUCAACAAUGGUAUGAUGAACUGGACAAUCUUGCCUUGUCGAUAUCAGAACCUGAUCCAGAGUCGACUGUUGAAGAUGAGAGUACGACUAGGGAAACAGGAUUUCAGGACGGGAAAGUACACAUCAAUUGUGUUGUCAAUACUAGUCCUGGAACAAGCGAGGUUAUUGUUUACGCAGUGUUGUAUUUAAAACUCAAAAGAAAGCAAGAAGUAGCAGAAGAUAAUCAGGAGAAAUAUGCGGCAAGAAUAGCAGAUAUUUUAAAGUCGGAGAAGAGUGGAAAGCUGGGAAGAGAUUCAUGCCUUCAGCUCUUGUUAAAAUCAAACAGAGAUUUGAGAGAUGUCAUCUUUAUGAAACCUCUACAUGUCAGGAUAAAAUUGGAUUGCCUUGAUCACCCGAAGGCUACUAACUCGAAAGAAAUUAUUCUAACGGACACCGACGUCGAGGUCAAUGUAUCGCUUAACUUGUGAGAUUCAGAGUCGCUGUCUGCAUUAUUUCUUCUACUCUUAGAAUUUGAUUGUGUUGUAAUGCUUGUAUCCAUCAUUGUGGUUUAUGAUUAUUUAUAGUUUUAUUUCCAGUUCCAUAUAAAGAAUGAGAACUGCAAGCUCAUGUUUCAGAA